AAAACCUGGAACGAUCUAUCUCACACCCUGUGGUUUCUUCAAAUCUGAGAUUAAGAAUUUUCGACUCUAGAACACACUCGAACGUAACCUGAGUUGAGAUAUGAUGAAGAAACGAUCAAAUCCUCUCUGAAAAUGUUAAAUCGCCUACCAAAUCAUCUCAGAGUUGCAUCCUGUUUUGAAUUCAAGUUUCAGAUCCAAAAAUUUCGAUUUCAAAAUCAGGCUUUAUAUAACAGGAAUCGUUCAAGGGUAAUUAUGGUAUAUGGGAAACUCGCAAAAUCGAGACUCGUCCGUGGUUUUGGACUAACUCGUCCAUGUUUGGACUAAUCUGUUUUGGACGGGUUUUUUUUGGACUAAACUGUAGUGGGCUUCAGAUGGAUGGACUAAAGCGUCCUAUGCCCAGUAAUUUUAGGACCAAACGUCAAUUUCUACUAAAUCGGUCGGGUUAAGGUUUGGACUUUGGGGUUCGGGGUUCACCCUACCCCUUGUUUACCCGCCAACUCGUAAGUUUCAUCGAUGAAAUCCCGAAUGCUUCUUGGAUUCUCAAACAGAGGAAAGCAAAAGAAAGUGAGAUCCAACUUUCUUCAACCACACACCAAAACCCACUUUUACCUUCAUUUUCCACAAAACAAUGAUAACUCUUGCUUGCAAAGUCAUGUUGAUUUUGUUGUUACUGUCCUUCUUUGAUCUGAAGAACUCCUCACUUUUGUUUCUCUCUGACAACCCGCUCACAUGGGAAUUUCAUGGAGUGGUAGUAGAAGAAGAAACAAUGACUUCUUUCAAAACCCAUCUCAAUUCUUCUCUUCUUCAGACCCAUCUCCUCUUUUCCCUCCUCCUCCACCCCAAGGUCCACCACCAAGUUACGUUUUUACAGGAGGAAAUGGUUCGUAUCCUGCACCCCCCUCAUUUCCUCCACCAUUACCGCCACCACCACCUUCUUACCCAUAUUACUACCAGUUUUCUAGUGGGCAUGCUCAUUGUGGGCAACUGAUGGGUCCUGUCAAUUACCACCAACCUUAUUUGGUGAAUGAAGGUAAUGGGCGGAAUGGAUUUAGACCUGUUAUGGUUCCACAACCUCAAAUGACAUUACCACCACCACCUCCUUAUCUGGAUCAUCAAAUGGCAAAGAAGAUUAAGAAUUAUGUUAAUGUACGUAAAGGUUCUAUUAAGAUUCAAAUUGAUGAGAAGAAUCUGGAUUCUCAUUUGGUUUCUUUCACUUUUGAUGCCUUGGUUGAUGGCAGGAAGGUGAAAAGUGUAGGUUCACUCCACUUUAUCCUGAAGUGUAUAUGCCAGUGAGAAUCCCAUUUCAGAAGGGCAGGGGCCAGAAGUUUCAUCAACCAUCAGGAACCGGCAUUGACCUAGGUUUUUUUGAGCUGGAUGAUCUGGCAAAAUCGUCACCAAGUGAAGACGUAUUUCCUCUUGUUAUUUUUGCCGAGGCAUCCUUGCCUUCAGAUGUAGAGCCUGAGCAUGCAUUAUCUAGUGCACAGAUCACUCAAGCCAUCCUAGAGAAGAACAAUGAUGAACCCAAUUUCCAAGUGAAAGUAAUUAAGCAAAUAUUAUGGGUUGGUAAUGCUCGCUAUGAGUUGCGUGAAAUUUAUGGAAUCAGUAACUCAACAGAAGUAGGAUUUGAUGACAGUGAACCAGGGAAGAGGUGUGUUAUAUGCAUGUCUGAACCAAAAGAUACAGCUGUUUUGCCUUGUCGACAUAUGGGAUGUCUAAAUUUAGCUUGUAUAAUGGAUGUCUGUCUAAUGGAGACUUUUUCAAAGAGAAUGAGUAAAUGCAUGCAAAAGUAGUUGCAGAGACGAAGUUGUGAAAUUGUUGUCGAGGUCUACCUGUUUGUGAUGCUCCAAGAGCAUCUUUUAGCAUAGCAGUCACCAAUUUGGGAUGGAAGCUGUAAAAUGGUUCUGGAGGUCUACCUGUUU